UAUCAUGCACUGCUAGCUCCGUUGUAUAUUUUUCUUUCAGCCAAAAAAUGAGCACGACUAACUUUUCUGACCAAAUUAUCCUGUAGAUAUAGUGAUCGCUAACUUAACACACUAAAACAUGGUUCUAGAAGUAUGACUCCUGAAAAAAUGCGCGAGUCUCGCUGGUGGGAAAGUUAUGUUCCGAAGGACCAGUUGAUUCAUCUUGUCGCUGGUGGGAUCGCUGGAGGAGUUUCCAGAACCUGUGUUUCUCCUCUGGAAAGAGUGAAAAUGUUAAUGCAGGUAAUGAGAUGAAUAAGCCUGAGCUAUUUUAUUUAUAUCGUAUCUUAACGCCGACAUGAGCCUGAGGAAGACAGGUAUGGUACACUCAAAUAGCUGUGUUGAUGAGUAUUGGGAAAGGUUGCUGUUGAAGCUGAUGUGCUGUAAGACGCUAGUGGAAGCUUUAUAUAUGCUUUCUUUGUUUCAGAUACAAGUUUCUGAGGCGAAGUAUACGGGUGUAACGCAAACUUUGGUGAAAAUUGGAAAAGAUGAAGGGCUUUAUGGGUAUUUCAAGGUAUGAAAGCUAAGAAAUAUGACAGUUUGGUAGAUUAGAGCUGGGUUACCUAUUGAACCCUAACCCUGACCCCUAUGUUGUGCAAACUGUAGAGGUGUUAGGACUUUCCCUUGUUUUGUAAACAAAUGACUUUCUACGGUAGCCUGCAAGCAAUUUCUCUUGGCAAUCUCCUGUAACUCCUGUUCCCAUUAGAGGAAGGGGUGAGAGAACUUGCGUGCUUUUCUUAGGAAUUUUCGUUCCCCCCUCUCUGAGUACCCCAUGGCCAAAAGGCUCCUGGUCUGAGCUAAAUCAGUGCAAAUGGUAGAGUCUUUGAAUGAAGAUUGCCACAAAUAACUAAAUUAACUUUUCCCUUCAGACAUGGCUUUGAAUUACUGUAUUCCUACCUUUUACUCUAUAGAUUUAUUUCUAUGCAUGUUGGCUAAUGUGGUUGGGGGGAUUUUUUGGUAUGUGAGGUUUAGACACACAUACAGCAGAGAAAGCAGGGUGUUAUCUUGAUAUUUCUGCUUAAUACACCAGGUGUCUCUUGAUUUUUCACUAAAAGGACUGGGUGACAUUUUUCUAAGUUUUGUUUUAUUCUUAUUUAUUCUUAUUCUUGUUUAUGAGGGAAGAAGGAGAAGGCAAAUUAUAAAACAUGCCUGACUUAUAAUAAGAGCUCCUUACUGUGAAUACUAAUAGAGAGGAGAAGUUGUUAUGUCACAUUGCCAUGGUAGCAAAGUUUCUGGAUGAGAAAAAACUAAAACAUCACUUAAAGGGAAUUUACAGUUUUUCAAACUUCAUCGAUCUUGUUCAGUUUCAUUUAAUUUCUCACAUGUUGACGAAAUUUCUGAGUUUGAAUCUGAAAGGACCGUAUCUAAGGUUAGAAAAAAAAGAUGAUUUUUGAGUUGUGCUGCCCUACUCUGUAAAGUGGGCGCAUGAAAUUAGCAAGUUUCAUGUCGCAGGCAUGCAACAAUGGCUAAGAAAUUUACAAAAAAGCAUGAUGCAACUGUAAAGUUGGUCUGAGCUGAGAUCAGCAAUAUUGGUGUGUAAAUGGUUGGUACAGUAGUUUACGUACUAAGAUAAUAUGGGCGGGUAUUGUAUCUUCUAGAGUUUUCAUCAUCAUGAUGACGUCAAACGGAUAUAACCAGCACUGUCAGUAAUAGUAAUAAUUAUUUAUUAUUAUAGGGGAAUGGAACGAAUAUUGUCAGAAUUGUUCCUUAUACUGCUGUUCAGUUUGCUGCUUAUGAAGAAUUUAAAAAGGUAUGUUACAGUAUAAGCAGUCAUGAGACACUGUGUCACAAACAUGUGAAUAUUAUGCUUUGAUCAAAGUUACUUAUUACAUGAAAUUAUUAUAAUAUAAUGAGUAACUUUGAUCUGAGCAUAAGAUUCCAGUUUCCAAUUUCAUGUGAGGACGUUUCAUUUCUUUGAUGCAGACUUCAUCACCAUUUAAUUAAUAAUAUUAGAGUCAACUAAUGCAUUUUACAAAGAAAAGAAACUACAAAAACUAGAGCAACACAUACAGUUGAGCCUCCAUGUUAGACCAGCUCAUGUAAGAGACCACCUCUCAUAGGCCACAACAGAUCCAAAACACCAAAUUCUUCCAGUCAAAGCCCUUACAUAGUCGGAAUCUCUCAUAAAUGACCACCCUUCACAAAUGAUCACAAUCACUUUUGGGAUGACAAAGUUUUCCCUUUGAACCUUGCUUGAUGUUCUGACCACCUUAUAUAAGCUAUAAUGUAAUUUGAAGAAUAUUCACCAAGUCUCACAAGAAACUGCAUGCUCCAACUCAGAUCCAAAAACACCAAAUUCUUCCAGGACUUGAAACUCAAAAAAAAAUGUCUUGGAGCAAAAGGAAGGACCAAAAAAAAACCUCAACCCAUGUGUGGUGCAGCCCCUGAUAUUCAAACAUUGGUCAUUUUCUCUCUUGGUGAGCUCACAUGAGCAUUGUCCACUACUUCACAACCUUAAAAAUCAUAGAAUUUAAAAGUUGACCCCCUCUAUUAGUGCUCCCUUAUAAUAAAAAGAGCUUGAAUUUAAAUAAGCCCCCCUUUUAGGUAUAAUGUAGAUUUGGUAUUAUAAAUUUUAUUUAACUUUUACAGAUUCUAAAAAUUCCUCAAGAUCCAAGAGAGCAACGCCCGUUAUUGCGGCUUACUGCAGGAGCUUUGGCAGGAAUUGUUUCAUCUACUGUAACAUAUCCACUUGAUUUAAUCAGGUGGGCAACAAAAGUCAACUUUAGUCUCUCUUCAAAAUUAACCUUCAAUAGUGUGAGGUAUAAGUAGUGACCUCUUGGGGAAAUCUGCCCCGGUAAAAGUGGUUUAAUAUUUUUAUUGAAUUGUUUUCACCUGGAACUUUUUUCAGUGACCAAGAAAUUGACAUUUAAUGUGUAAUGAUUUUAAUGGUUAUUUAUAUUGUCACUCAUAAUAAGUAAUAUUGUUGUGCACUUGUUUUGUCCACAUUAUCUUAGUUUACUUUUCCCCAUAAUGGACAUUGAAGACGCUUGUCUAAUAAUAAAACCUCUGCCACUCUUUCAAGGGUGGAGUCAGCCUGUCAGUGUCUUGAAGCAAAAAAAAUGUAUGAAAGGAAAGUUUGUCUAAUCAAAUUGUGCGUGGUUUUCUUAGGACAAGACUAGCUGUUCAAGGGGAAGGAAAGGAGAGACGUUAUAGGUGAGGCUCUACUUUGGCUGUUGGCUCUACUCUUUUGUCACUCCAGGUGUCAUAUCGCACACAACACUUGGACAAGGGUUGACGCUAUGGUUACAACCAGUGUGCAUUUUCCAGCUAACCAAAUUUGUCUGUCAUCAAUUUAAAAGCAAUUUUACUGUCACGCAAGUAAAAUGUAGUUAAUGGAACGUGACGCCAGUUAUCAGUAACCCUUUCAUGGCGGUUCCUUUUCAAUAAAGCAGUUGUGUAGUCAAGCUGCCAAGGUCAGCAAGCUCUAAGAUACAUUGUAUUCUAGCGUAGAACUUUACGGCCUUGUUGUCUUUAGCAUGCUAGUACGAUCCACAGCAUUGGCCAACUUUUUCAAUGCACUAUUCAUGGCUAAGAGUUCGCACGUGCAACGCUGAGCUGUCUUGUAGUACAGCCUUUUCUACUGGCUAUGCCAGCAGACGUUUGUCUAGCUAUAAAAGCCUAGAACAAGUGUGCAGAGUUCACUUGGCUUCUGUUAUUCAGCAAGGUUAGCGCUCAGUAUACGAUUCUUGUAAAAUUUUUCCCUCCCUCCCUCCCUUUGGAGACGAGGUUUGGGCUUUGUUUUGUGCUAUGCGGUCAAAUAAACUAGGGACACUCCUGCGCCAUGCGGUUAAGUCUGCGCAGCGACUUCCCCCAAGCUUGUUGGCCGCGUUGCCGUUUAAGUAAUGGUCCGUGUAAGAGGUAGGCAGGCGAACGGCAAGAGUGAUUAAAAGGUGCUAACUUUUAAUCAUUAAUUUCAAUUAAAUCAAGCGUUCUGAUUGGCCGAAAUCCAAAAAUCGCCAAAAAAACAGUCAGAAACGUGACAAAAACAACUUUUUUUAGCUUUAUUUUCCCCAUUCCCCUGUCUUAUACCACACGGCCAAGUUUCAGCAUUGUUCUAUGCGCCAAUCAAAAGUUAGAGCGGAAAACGUGCAACACACGCGCGACCUUGUUGUGACCCCAUCUUAGUGUGACACUUGAGAUGUUAGGAAAUUUGUCUUUUACCCGAAGAAAUCUCGCCAAUUUCUUCGUGAAAAAUCUGCAUUUUUUCUUUAUUGAAUAUUUAUCUCAAAUUUACUGUAUUUUAUCAUCGGAGUGAUCGUCAAAAUGCUCUUAAACAUGGUUUGCUGCCGUCCUCGACAUGCCGAGUCGCCAUGUGGAAAUUUGGGCCCGGCGUAGUUGUUUUCGUUGUCAGGCCGGAUCAGGAGGAGAUCGAAAUAAUUGUGGCACUAGAAAUUGGAGAACAGCUGGGCAUAAAAGGAGAAAUUAAAGCGAAAGAUUUGUUGUUUUUACAAGGAUGAAUUUAUUUCUCGAAGAGAUGUAGAACACUUGAGCUUGAGGUAAGCUGAAUUCAAUAGAUUUUCGCACCUCCGCGCGCAUUAUGUGUUAUUCAUGUGUUUGCCCUUUUCGAAACUUCCAUAUUCCGUGUAGCUUUACCCAUCUCUCAUUCGAUUUUUUUUCUCUCUAGACUGCUUCAUCAAGCCAAAUGGAAGUUCGCCGUGGACCUUAAGUUAAAAUGAGCGAAUUGAAAUUUGUGACACGUUUGCAUUUUGUACCUUUGAGUUCUGAGACGGAGAAUACCGAGACGGAAGCCGCUUAGGUAUCAUAAAUAGCUGUCACUGGUGUUUGAGUUUCUCUUGGUACGGAAGAUCUAGUGAGCAUGACUGUAGCUUGCCUUUAUUUUUUCAAAGGACGAAAGAGAUUGUAAGAAGGAUUUUUAUAGAGUGAUAUCAAAACCUUGAAAACAGAUAAACUGUAGGAGAGCUUUUUCUGAAACCCAAUUAUCCGAACAUGCAGGAAUUUUUUCUAUCUGGGCAACAUCAUCUUUUUUUCCAAAAGCAGAAAAUUUAGAUAACAUUUAGAUUUGAUUUUGUGUACGUGUUGUUGUUUUGUAUGGUGGCCGAAUAUGAACGCGGGACAUUGGCGCGUUCGCCAGAUUCGCCACGUGAGAGUGAAUUGCUGCUGUUUACGAUCAUGGUUUUGACAUUUCUUUUGUGAGAGCCGACGUAAAUGUUGUUCCCAACGUCGCUGAUUGAUGUAACACUGUGCUCAUCUUCGUGUAAUUUCAUAUCAGUUUAACUUCCUCGGGUUUGGCGCAUAGAAAUCUUUUAAAUUUUAGAUAUGUUAUAUUUUUCAACAUAACAAAGCAAUAGACGAAAUAAAAAGUUGUUCGAAUGAGUCUUAAGCUAUCUUAAUUCAACUUUAAAAUUCAAAUUUCGCGCUUUUCGCUGUAUUGACCAAUCAGAGCAUUCAGAUUUAGUUUGAUUAGAAAAAUUAGCGCCUGAAAAAUAACUGACGCUAUUGCCGCAGGCUAUUGUUUUUCUGCCUGCUUCUUAGCUGGACCAUUACUUUUUAAUAUCACCUGCAAACCGAUACUCUUGUCCGAUCCAGCACGUGCUGUAUUGCAUUCAGCUCGUAGUGCUGGGGAGAUAAGUGAGGUUCUUUGGUCACGCCAUCGCCGGAAGUCGCAUUAGGCUAACCUAGCGCAAGGCAGUGCUCCCCCAUUAACGCCAACUUGUCAUUAUUUGUUUUUUAUAAUUAAGUUAUGCGUUUAACAUGCAUCGCGAAGGAACAGAGACAUUAAUGCGAUGUUGUUGACCGUACCCUUUUGAAUAAUUUUAUUUACUUUUUUUUUAUUUUACAUCCUAAUGUUGAAAUAAAGUAAACCAAAUCUAGGAGCGUCCUUGUAGUUUCAUUUCAGGUUGUCAUUUCAACAAUUAUAUAUCCUAGCUACUUUGCCUCUUUUUCAUGCAGAAAUAUACGACAUGCCUUUUUUACCAUUAUCAAAGAAGAAGGUGGUUUGUUUAGUGGCUGUUUGUUCAGGGGUCUGGGACCUUCAUUAAUAGUGAGUAGAUGUGUUUUUGUGUAUAAUGAAUGUUUACAAUCUUUGAAUAGUUACAUAUGACUCAUUCCUCUAUAACAAUGUAGUUUCCUGAGAAUCUCAAUGUUUCCUUAGUUCCAUCUUGGGAAGCAGUUCAGUUCAGUUCAGUUCCUCCAAAAAAAAAAGAAUGUGGAAUGCACUUUUAAUUAGCAUUUUGUUGUGUCCAGCUUGUCGAAAAAUAUUCCUUACUUUUAAAACGUGGUAGUUACAUUUAUUGCUCUUUGUGCUGCAGGGGAUAGCACCAUACAUAGGACUCAAUUUUGCAGUAUAUGAAGGCUUAAAAGGUAUGUGUGUUGCCAAGUCUCAAAUAAAAGAACACUGCAAACUUUCACAAAAAAGUCAGGUAACUGAUGGGUCCGUAAAAUCAGCGUUUUAACAAUGUUUUAAAGCUUGACGAAAGUAGGCUUUUGAUCUGCUUAUAAAAUAUAAAAAGUCAAGGCAAGUCUGAUAACUGCUGUUUGUUGGCCUCGAAGGCGCUCUCGAAGGUACUUUCAAGUCAAAACGUGCACUUUAACAGUUGGGUUUACUGUUUGGAAAGGACGCUCUUUUGUAAUUUUACACGUUAUUUAGUCAGUUUAAUUUUCAGUUCAGCAAAUUUAAACUGCUUAUUUCCACCUAUGUAAUAAACUCAUCCCAAAAUACCAAGCAAGUUUUGAAUCCCAGUCUCUCCGAGAUUAUUGAUCCCUCAAAAGUAGUUGGUGAUCAUGUAAGACCAAAGGGUCUGACAAUCCACUCAUAGAGGCGUAAGGAGUAACAGACGCAGCGUUACCACAACUAGCUGGCUUAACUGGAACUUGCCAAUUGCCGUGAGUGUCAUCAGGCCAUGGCAGUGGAUCAUCUUUUAUCGACUUUUACAUCUUUGGUGGUUGCUGCACGUAAUCAGCAAAUCGGCGUAAUGAAGCUUAUUACCUGUCAUUAAGGUUUGCUGCCAUUUAUGAAAGGUCAACAAGCUGAAAGAAAAGCAAACCGAACUUUCAAAACACUAAACAUUUUUCCACACAAAAAAAGAAAUUAAUUUGAACGAAAUUAGUCCCAACAGUUGGGAAAUUUAUCAUUUACCAUAUGCGAAUAAAACGGCGUGCAAAUUGGCUGUAUACAGCGAAAAAACGAAUCAACGAGCUGAAAGAAAACCAGACAGAACUUUCAAGACACGGCGCUACACUAGCUGAUUGUUGCAAUUAGAUGAACUCUUUUGGGAACUUUUUCCAUUUGCAGGAUAUGUCAUGACCUACUAUCUUGCUGAGACUGCGGGACACAAGUUACGGACAUUGACUCAUGAAAGAGACUUGCCUGUUAUUAUCAAACUGACUUGUGGAUCUGUUGCUGGUGCUGUGGCCCAAACAGGUGAUUAAUAUAUCGGGUACCUCCAUUGUCCCUGUUAGAAUUAUUUCUAUUAAUACUGAAGCCAGUGCUACGAAAGAUAGAGUCGACUCCUGCUUUACUGAACCAAGUGAUAGUCAUACUGGGGGCGCUUUCCAUUUGUCAGAACUGGCAGAACUGGACCAGUCAGUUAGUAAACGAAAUGGGCUUUUUCCAGAGGGUUUGCUGAAAAACCAUCUCCUUCGUGCAUACUAUUUAGGAUUUGACUGAUCUGGUUGGAUAGUUUUGAUUAAAAGUUUCUGCCCGGUCAGUUCUGGCAAAUUACACUACUUAUUCCCAAACGUGUUGUAUAUUCUGGGGCAGGAGAACAGUUGUUUGGCUGGGGCGGAGAAGGAUCGUAAACAGGUUUUUGUGGUGCAUCAGUGCAGGUGGAAAACUAUGAAGGAGUUUUUUAUGUAGUGACUACUUACUGUUUUAUCAACAGGAACCUAUCCUCUUGAUGUUGUGCGUCGCCGCAUGCAAAUGAAGGGUGCAACUGGUGAAUUGUUUAAGUACAACUCCACAUGGCAUGCUUUUAAAGUCAUUGUCAAGAGUGAAGGAGUGUAUGGGUUGUUUAAAGGAAUGUGGCCUAAUCUAUUAAAGGUAAAAAUACUUUAUAACGCUUCUUUUUAUUUGCCAACGGCAACAUGAAUAUCCCUAUUAUCCCUGAUACGAAGAUGGGGGGUUUAUUCAGAAACAUUCACCGAACUAAAGGAACACCCUUUGGAUAUAGAAUUAUUACUUGAUUUUUAGUGUCCAAGGCUUCUACAAGGUGACUACGGUAAACCGCACCGUAAGGUCACUGGCGCCACAGGCAUUUCAAGGCUUUUCCUUCUGUCAACAAUCAUGAAAACUGAAGAAUAGCGGUGGAUUCUGUUUGCUAGUUGGUCUCUUGGAUUUAAAUCACAUGUAUCUUCUGUGCCCUUGAAAAAAUCUCUUCUUAUAUUGUCAUUCUAUUGCCAUACGAAUAUGUACUUAGCAGGAAAAAAAAAUUAUGCUACGUUCUUUGUAACCACUUGAAAUUUCAGAAUGUCCUUAAAAAACGCUCCUGGAGAUUUUGCUCUAACGCGUUUUGAAGCUGGUCGAGAUUUUUUGGUCACCGUGAUUAAAAACCGGUUUUCGUACUCUUGGCGGCCUUCUGAUACAGAUGCAAAAUAUGAGCUUGCGAAGUUCGGGCAUGCGCAGAAAGCAAAAUUUAUUUGGACCGUGAUAAAAACAACUUCUGGAGUCAUCCACCAUGGACUAGUGGCUUUUUCUGACCCUGUAGAAACACUAGAGCAGAGGUGGCCUCACGGGAUUAGUAUUUGUUGAUCAACUACCCAUGGCUUGCACCAUUUUAAAAGGUUUUUUAAACCUCUCUCAGUCAGCAACAUCCCCCUCGAUCGACUUUCUUCUUUCCUUGUUGAAGACCCUCCUCGUCGAUGUCAGUUUGUUCAACUCAACCACCAACGUCCCUAACAUUUGUCCCUUAAUCUGCUAUUCAGCAACAGGAAAGAGUUAUAGUUGAGGGAAUACAAUCUCAUCAAAAUCCCACCGCAAUACUUGUACUUGAUUACGUACUUGUAGUCAAAUCAAAUGCUGGCUAAAAACUCCAUGACUUUAUCCUUCAAGAAAGAAAAAUAGGGGGUGUUCGGAGAAAUCAUCUUAUCGGCAUUAAAGUUGGAAUUGGUGGCUGUAAAGUGCUAAAAAAAUAUGAGGCAGCCGACAAAACGAAAUUGUGGAACCGUGUCAUUUUUAAGAGCGGCCCGCCCUUGACUUGAACAUAUUGGUCCAUGGUAACCUAACGUUGUUUGUUGUUGCUUUAUACAGGUUGCUCCCACCAUUGGAAUACAGUUUGCUGUGUAUGAAGUCAGCAAAUCUGCUCUACAUAACUACUCUGAAAGUGUUUAAGAAUAUACAGUAUAUGUUUAGUCUAAAAAAUGUAAUUCUGUACAUAGUUUUAACUUUUACCUAGCAAUAUAUAAUAUCAGAGGAAGUAAAUUAUUCCUAGAAUCUUCAGCCAUUUUUUUUUUAACUUAAAUAUUGGUAUAGGGUUAAGACUAACAUUCGGAAGCUUAACCAACGAUGACAAAAACGGCAGUGAAAAUGUCGCUAGGAGACAAAUUGGCGGCCUUUCAAACUUAACCGCAUCUAUGUUGUUAGCACAAUUGUAGGAUAAAAAUACUGUAAUAUUAAAAGGCGAAAAGGUUAUCAACGGUUCUGUUUUACUCCGUUAUUUCU